AGUCGGAUUGCUGUCAGAUUUCUGAUACGUUUCACGAAUUUUCGGCAGCGUUUUAAUUUAAAGUUCUGUUUCAGGUAGAAACAGAAAUAUGGUUGUUAAAACAUCAAUUGGACGAAAAUCUAACAAGAACCCCCCAAUUUUUAGUCAUGAAUUCGUAAUUCAGAACCAUGCUGAUAUUGUUUCAUGUGUAAUAAUGGUGUUCCUAGUUGGACUUAUGGUGCAGUCGACAAGUCCACUCGCAAGUUUGUUUAUCAGCCUGCACCAUAAUAUUACUGGUGUAGAACCGUCGCGAGAUGCACCGAAAGGCGAACCUUUCUUUUACGAAAGUGGUUGGAAAGAUGUUUGUGCAGUAUUCUUUUACUCCUUGGUGUGCAUUGUUAUGCAUGCUAUCAUUCAGGAGUAUUUCCUAGACAAAAUAUCAAAGAAACUUCAUCUUUCUAAGUCAAGACUGAGCGCUCUCAAUGAGUCUGGUCAACUCAUUAUAUUUCAUCUCACAACUUUGGUUUGGGGUGGAGAUGCCAUUCUUCGUGAAGGAUUUAUAUUUAACAUUUCAAUGCUGUGGGAUGGCUAUCCAAAUCAUCCGAUGAGCUUCCUAUUGAAGUUGUGGUGGAUAGUUCAAGCUUCUUACUGGAUUCAUACAAUUCCUGAGUUAUACUUCCUGCGUAUUAAGAAAGAUGAGUGGUCUGGACGCAUCAGACACGCUACUGUUGCAUUCGCAUUUUUAGCACUGGCAUACUGCUUCAAGUUCCAAAGGGUUGGUGUUUGUCUGGUUGUACUGCAUUCACUAUCUGAGUUCAUUAGCCACAUCUACCGUCUAAACAACAUCCUUAGGGGUGAAAAAGAUGACUACUUGGACAAAAGUCUGGGCUUAUUAAAUGGCGUUGUAUUUGUGGUUGUCCGUCUUUGCUCUCUGGUACUUGGAGUGUUGACAUUCUAUUUUGGAGUGGCCGGUGCCGCACCAUUGAUCCUCCGCGUGGCUGCCCUGUCUAUCCUGGUUUCAUUCCAAGUCUACUUGAUGUUUAACUUCAUUGCUGAAGCUAUGAAACAGCGCCAGGAAGCUCUUCAACUCGCUCAGAGCAAACCGAAGAAGGAGAAGAAGGAAAAACCGAGGAAAGAAAAGGUAAAGAAGGUACACAACGAGGAGUCAGACCUGCCAGAAGUUGAUCAAAACACAAACAAGGCGCUCAGACAAAGACAAGCUUUCAAAGCAACUGUCAAGGCAAAAUAAACACGCACAUUCUGUUUCCUAACUUAGAAAUAACAUAGGUUGUCCCUUUUAAGACUUUUAAACACAUUUUAUCCUAUGUAAUAUUUAUAGUUUAAUUUACUUAAAUGUCGAUGCACAAAAGGAACCAUUCAUAUGUAUGUGUUUGUUUCUAAAAUAACUAUAUUUAGGUAGAUGUCUUAAAUAGGGUAAGAUGUCUUUGAAACGUUAAAUGAAAUUUUUCUUGAGAUUGAUAAUUGUAUUUUAAAAAAUCCAUGUGUGCAUUCAUGACAAUUAAUUUUACCACCCAAAAGUAUCUAUCGAAUGUAUGUAUGCAUUUGUGGUUUUGAGGUGAUUGUUAGUCCUGUUGACUGCAAAACGCACUAUUGUCAUAACAUAUAAUGGAUACAGGGUUGUAAAAUGUAUCUUUAGAAUGUGAAAAAAAAUUCGUAAAAUAUAGGUUAAAAUGUUGUUUAUAUAAU